AUGGAUUCAUUGGAUCAGUUAUAUCCCCAGCGCCCGCUCAAAGUUGCUAUUAUUGGCGGCGGGCCAGGCGGCCUAAGUGCGGCGAUUGAAUUUAAGAAGCUGAGCUUCGUGCGCUGGACGCUUUACGAGAAGAAGCCUGCCAUUAGCGAAACGGGGGCCGGCGUGAGCCUUCAGCGGAAUACCUGGAGACUGUUGGAGUUUAAUGGUGUUGCUAAACACUUCUCCAAAGAGGACUUCUUCAGAUGUCAGGAUGGCUCCAACAAGCACAUUCGGUUCGUUUCAAGGUCUUCGCAACCUCUGCAAGCGAUUGCGUGGCUAACAACGCUGGUCAACUCCAGCAAUGGACGCAAUGGAGAGUUGAUGGAUAUAAUUAGCCACGCCGAAAACACAAUUCCUCAGCACCGAACCUGUCGGAUGAUGCGCAGUAAACUGCAAGCGGCGCUGCUAAAGGAGGUUGACAAAUCGAAGAUAAUGACGUCUAAGUGUUUGGUGUCCGUUGUCUUUGUGGCCGGCGGCAGAUGCAGGUUGACGUUCAAAGAUGGCUUCGUCGAUGAAGUUGACCUUCUAGUCGGGGCAGAUGGGAUCAGAUCAAUUGUGAGAUCUGUUGUGUCGCCCUCCCACCACCUCGGAUACAACGGGCACUUCACCUAUCGUAUGACGAUUUCCCAAAAAGACGCAAAGGAGAUCCAUGGCCUUCCAUGGGCCCCUACCUUCUGGCUCGGUAACGUCGGCCACUAUGCGUUUACCUGCCCUCUUGGUGGCGACGACUUCGAGGUCACACUUCGCAUUCCACGACCCCCUGGAAAAGAGGAAUUCGUUAGCUGGGGACGUCCAUGCGACCUAGCCCCAAUCGCUGAAGAUUUCAACCUAUUUUGCGAUCCAGUAAGGCAUGCCAUCCGUCUCAGCAUCCAUGCCGAGUGCCAAGAAUUUGCUCUGUUCACUGGGAGUAGGCUUGAUCGGAUCGUUGCUCACGAUGCGGUCGCGUUGAUUGGUGACGCGUGCCAUCCAUUGUCUGGGGCAUUAGGUGCAGGCGCAGGCUUCGCCUUGGAGGAUGUAUACGCCCUUUCAAGGUGCUUAGGCUGGGCAUGGUCGCAUGGAUUGUCUCUCGGUAUUGCGUUGCAGUAUUAUGAUCGCAUCAGAUCGCCUCAUUAUCGUGAUAUUUAUCAAGUGCUGGGCAGAGUCAACGAGACUGAGGUUGCUGUAGCAGCCGAGAACCUUGAUAUAGACGCGGAAGUCAAAGAACGAGUCAGAAGAACUGAUGAAGCUAGAGAUAACUGGGUAUACUACUAUGAAGUAGACAAAGUAGUCGCACGCACUUUGAAGAACCAUGAGUUCAUGGUUGACGCAAGGCUUUAG